AUCAGCGGUGGCAACAGCAGACACACUCCGCACUUCUUACUCUCGUCACUCGUCACCCUGGAAUAUGAAAAACGUGAGUCCCCAAAGUUACCUGUGCAGGUGAAGAAGUGCCCCUCACAUCUGAGCUGUGACCAAACCUGCCAGUCAGGAUGCCCCACGCAGAUGAUGACGUCUACGCCUAUGGCCUGUCUAUGGCCCUUACCAAGGUGGUGGCCCCGGCCACUGUGGGCCUCUACUCAUCGUGCCGAAGUCGCAUCGCUGUGAUCCUCAAACACCUGGAGAGCCACAUGAAUAAAGAAAGCGAGAGGCUGAAGAAGAAGCACGGUGCCCGGCCAGCCACCCUCUGCUCCUCGCUGGCUGUCAUCGUCACCACCAUGCUGUUCUGCAGGCCACACUACUCUGAGAUACACAGGAAGAGGAAGGAUGUGCGCUUCGUGUUUAUCCGCUUCAACGCCUGGCAUUUUGCGGGCAGCGAUAAGUUAUGGGCCGGCCUUGUGAUGAGGCUCUGUGAGGACCUCCAGGACCACUUUGGGAGUUUUCUGCUGAGCGUCUUUCGAGCCUGCCAAGACACAAGGCCGAGCGCCAGGUGGACUAAGGCCACUGGAGAUUGGACCCCCAAAAUGUUCCUGUGCCUGCCCUUGUGGCUCGUCGCCAUCCUGCUCAUCCUGGUGAUCGCAGGACUGCUGACCCUGUUCUUUCUGGCUGGCAUGCCAAGUGGCAAGACGGGCGACCAAGGAGUCUCGACAUUCGAAGGCCUGGUCAUCGCCACGCUAGGGCUGCCGGCCAUCGGAGUCAUUCGCUUCACGGUGAUGGUGGGCAAGAACCUCAUGAUGAGCCAGGACUACACCAUCCGUCGGAAAAUGGACAAAAGUCAGAUGAGCGAGCAGCUGGGCUUCAUGAGCGACGUCAAAAAGGAAAUCGACACCCUGGUGCACUUCAUCCACUUCAUGGAAGUGUACGAGAAGCGAAGAAUCCGCGUCGUGCUGGAGAUCACGGACCUGGACAGGUGUCCGCCCACGAAGGUCACCGGAGUCCUGGACGCCAUCCACAUCCUCCUUUCAGGGGAGCACAUCCCCUUCAUUUCAAUCUUGGCGCUGGACCCCCGGGUGAUCGCCCACAUGGUGGAAGGCUUUGGCUUUCAAGAAGAUAAUGGCUAUGAGUUUCUUGACCGGAUUGUCACCCUACCGUUCACUGUGCCCAAGAUGCCAGGGGGCACGAAGCUGCAGGUUUUACGAAAUAUCCUGGAAGGACAAUCGGAGCUCUUUGAUGAGGAUGAGGAGGAGGAGGAAGAAGCCAGUGCAUCCAUCGUGACAGACAAAAUCUCCACGGAUUCCUCCUAUCAUCUGAUAAACAUCCAAGUUGGCAGGGGCGAUGACGCAGCUCUUCGGAAAAGAGGCAAAAAUCUCACGGCGGAGGCUCUGCGAUUCCUCACGGGCAGCGGCAGGCUGCACAGGUUCGUGACGGACAACACCCUCCACAUGAGGAGAAUUGUCAACUCCAUCCGAGUCUCCGUAAGGAUCAUGGAGAGGCGGUGCCAGCAGCUGCCCUCAGCCGAGAGCCUCGUCUCAUGGGUUCUCCUUGCCAACUACUGGCCAUGCCGACUAAGUUGGAUCCUUCAGCGCGUCGAGGACGCCGAGCAGAGAGCCAACACCGACAAUCCCGAAAAGAAAUUAUGGGACGUCUUCCAGGAAUCCCGACUUGAGCUGCACAUGAUGAAGGGCCGAGUGGGCAGCCUGCUGGCGCUGGACGGUGACCCGGAGCUCUUUGAACAGUUCCUGAGCCGGGAGUUUCCCUUCACCAUCCAGCAGGCCAAGGAGCUUCUGAGACACACAGUGAACCUCAACCGGGCGCUGAAAGCUGAGCUGGCAACGAGCCUUGGCAGCCGGGCACUGGCAGACGCCACCAAGAUGCUUGUCCCGCUCCCGUGUGGGAUGCUUUUAAAAAUGGAUGUCGAGGAGAUCUGCCGUCAGAUCGAUAAGCUUGGAUUUGCUGAGGACAACGCAGACAAAUACAAGGAGGCCAUCAAACAGAACCAAAUGGACGGCCAGGUGCUCUUCUACAGCAGCAAUGAGGAGAUCAAAAGUGCCCUGCAAAUGCCCAUGGGAGACUGGACCAAGUUCAGCAUUCGCUUCCUGAGACGGAAACCCAUGGAGAUGCCAACGUGGCCGGCCACUUCAGUUAAGGACACCCGGUGUGCCUCCGCGUCCUCCAUUGGUAACCUGAAGGACAUCUGAAGAUGGAUGACAUCCAAGGAGCCCACGCCAGCCUGUCUCAGGGUGGGACACUGGUGAGCCCUGAAGACUCCCAGCUUAGUGUGCAGCCCACUGUCCACAUCCUGAUGACGUGUCUGUUAGACUUCAUAAGGGGCACAUGCCAAG